UUGCUAACAAGUUGGCAUCACCUUUUAGUGAUUUUGGUAUACCCUUUAACUGUUGAGAACAGGUAUAUGCAUACGUUUAUACCGCACAAUCAUUAAGUUUUAGUGUCAACAUAUUUUACAAAAUAACUCAAAUAGUUUUAGUCCCAAAUAUAUAAAUUUUAUUAUUUAAUCAAUCUACGAUUGCCUAAAGAACCACUUUAAUAAUACGUUUCGAUAUUAACUUCUAAUGUGUAAUCAAAGGCUAGGUAUCCCCUAGUCGAUAAUUUUGAGCUCACUUCAUAAUUUAUUUUUCUAGCCUUUUUUAGCCGGCUCAACAUGUUACGAGAAGCUUUAAGGAUCGGCAGCCGGCGAUGGCAUAGCUACAAGUCGGUACGUCGACCGAACCUGGGUGGUACAAGUGCACCAAAAGUACAACCAGCGAAGGAGCAACCAACAGCUACCUCUGCAGCGGAUAAUGGACAUAGCAGUUUGGCCAAACAACUGCGGGCCAAGAUUCUGGCAACUGGACCCAUUCCCGUGGCUGAAUAUAUGCGUGAGGUGCUGACAAAUCCUCAGGCGGGAUACUACAUGAACCGGGAUGUGUUCGGCCGAGAGGGUGACUUUAUAACUUCACCGGAAAUAUCACAGAUUUUCGGAGAGCUUGUGGGAGUUUGGCUGGUGACAGAGUGGCGAAAGAUGGGCAGUCCUUCACCUUUUCAACUUGUCGAACUAGGUCCUGGUCGCGGCACGCUAGCUAGGGAUGUGCUGAAGGUGAUUACCAAAUUUAAACAAGAAGCUGAGUUUUCCAUGCACAUGGUGGAGGUCAGUCCAUUUCUAAGCAAAGCUCAGGCGCAGCGCUUUUGCUACACUCAUGACACCCUGCCGGAAGACUCGCAGCUCCCUCAUUACCAAGUGGGAACCACGGCCAGUGGAACUAAAGCGUAUUGGCAUCGUCGGCUGGAGGAUGUGCCUCAGGGAUUCUCCCUAGUGCUGGCUCACGAGUUCUUUGAUGCCCUUCCUACGCAUAAGUUGCAAUUGGUCGAUGGAAAGUGGCAGGAGGUGCUCAUCGAUGUGGCUUCUGAUGGCGCAAAAGAUUGUCAGCAAGCUGAGUUUCGAUACGUACUCUCUCGCAGUCAAACGCCCGUUUCGAGCGUUUUUCAACCUAUGCCAGGGGAGACCCGAUCCUGUCUUGAGUACUCCCUGGAGACUGAGCGUCAGGUGGGACUCCUGUCAGAGCGCAUUGAACGGGAUGGCGGUAUUGCAUUAAUCAUGGAUUAUGGACAUUUUGGUGAGAAAACUGACACUUUCCGAGCCUUUAAGCAGCACAAGCUUCACGAGCCAUUGCUGGAGCCGGGUAGUGCUGAUCUUACGGCCGAUGUGGACUUCAAGCUGGUGAGGAACAUCGCUGAGUCGCGUGGCAAUAUUCACUGUUGUGGACCUGUAGAGCAGGGGCUAUUCCUGCAGCGUAUGCAGGGAGAGGCUCGACUUGCGCAGCUGGUUGCUCACGCUUUGCCUGAAAACCAGCAAAUAAUUCGCUCUGGCUACGAGAUGCUCACAGAUCCGGCGCAAAUGGGCAGUAGAUUCAAGUUCCUAGCCAUGUUUCCCGGCGUGCUGGCUCCCCACCUGGACAAAUAUCCCGUCAUCGGAUUUAGUUAGUAAUGAUUUUAAGAUCUGAUUUUAAGGAUUUAAAUAUGUUGCACAUGAUUGUUAAACAAAA